AUGAGAGAUCUCACAGAUGCCAUCCAAAGGUCUCCGCAUUAUACUCUGGUUGUUGCUUCUCGUCAGCGCAAAUCACUCAUCGGACAAAAGGCCUUCAAACAUUUGUUACACACUUUUGUCAGUGGUGAUGUCGACGCGCCUCGAGAAUGGAGUGGCCAACUCAUUCUCGAGUUGGUUCGGAAAUCUAAGGAUAAUGGGAGCCUCCGAAAACUUGGUGAGACUGUUCUGAGCGAACCGGAAUACGUUCUACGAUUGUUGGCUGGUGUAAUUAUCCAAGAUAUGGUUGCUUCACAAGUCAAACCCUGUAUCUUUUGGCCUCCGGGCACACCACAACCAGUCAUGGACAUGUUUUCAUCAGGAACCCUGAUCGAUUCAAGCUGGAUACAGAGGUUCAAUCACUUUGCUUCUGGUCGGGAUUCACAGCCAAGACCAGAGAUUCAAAAUACGAUGCAUAUCGUCCAAUCUAUCAAUACUGGAACAUGGAGUAUUGGUUACAGAAACUGUUCGAUUGGGAUAUUAGUUUCGCGUAUCCUCACCAUCAUGAUAACUGAGGACAAUCGGUUCCGGUUUAUGAAGAUUCGUCUCGACCAUAUUGACAAGCUAAUACAGCACGCAGGAGCCGCAGUGCUUGAUGUCUACCUCUACGACAACGGGGUUUAUAUGACAAAUGGUUUGACGGAAAAGGCAGACAAGGUCUCAAUGGUAUUUGAAAAUCAAAUCCAAGGGAUUGGGGUUCGCGAUGUUCUUGAACAGCAAUGUCGAUCCGUCAAGGGAACCAUGGGGCGAUUCAUGGGUGCCGGCGGUGUCUCUAAGGUUGCCGACCGAAGAAUCUCACCAGAAUCUUUUUUGUGUACGACGGGGGUAAUAAGAGAUUCAAUCACUUUAGACCCCAAUCUUGGUAAAUCUACAGCACAGAACCGGAAGAAACGGCCAUCCUUUGCGGCCAUCAUGCUCUCCUUUGACGAGGAAGCCAUACGUGGUUCCAGUGUCCAUUUCGAUUUAAAUGCGUCCCACUCCCAGAAUGAAAGAGAUCAGGAAAGCCCGCCUAUUCGAGGGAAGCAGCUGCCAAACAAUAAUGUUGAUUGUUUGGGCCUCGUAGAUAGUUGGAGAUCAUAUCCGUCCAAAGUUGACGAGAUCCCAGAACCUGGAUAUCCUCCUGGAAGCAGUCCCUACGACCGGCAAGGAAACCCAAGCCCCCAAACAACCCCCAGCAUCGUAAAUCUACCCAAUGCUCAAGAUCAGUCUUUCAAUGGAAACGGUGUUGUUGAGCCGCAGAUUAGUCAGGAAGGGGGUGACACCCAGUCUGUGCUGCCAAGCCUUGCACGACAAGCACUUCGACUCCGGCUCGAACCUUACAACUCCAACUCACUUACAAAUAGUGUUGGACAACACGAUCAAGGUGUGGAAAGCGGCCUGGACUUGGGUGGCUUGGUGACUGAGAAAACGUCCACUGUUGAUGACCCCACCGCUGGCCCUCAACGACCAGCCGACAUCCUGGUCGAUAAGAAUCCCAACCCAGUUAAUCCGACAACCAUGGGCCAGCAGAUCAAUGUUCCCCAAAAGCACGUAUCUGGAAGUCAUAAUGAAGUAGAUGUUCCCAAUCAAAUUGCAGGCAACCCGAAACUCAAACGGCCCCAUAACCGGAUCAGCAUUUCCAAAGCUAACCCACUAACUGUUGACUGGGACCAGGAUCUCCGUGUGGAGGACAAUCUGCUUGGUCUACCAGCAAGUUCUUCUAAGAAGCUGAAAGGAACCCCCCAUCAGUCCCAGGGCCCUACCAAAACCUCCAAAUUAAAGAGCGCCUCAUGCUCAACAAAAAAGAAGAAUAAGAAACUGGCUCAAACCCUCCCCUUGACACCACAUGAAGCUCGAACGUCAGCUAAAAGUAAUACGAAGAAAACGGGCCGUCAAGUUACGAAAACCUUGACAUCCGCUCGUCAGCGGCGAGCUGCGGCUGAGAAAGCAAAUCAGAAGCUCGCAUUAGCCAACGAAUAUGAAAAUGCAACAUAUGACCUUGAUGAUCCGAUCGAAUCAAGUCCACCGAUAUUGGUUGCCAACCGGCAAAAUUGGACAGGAAACACAGACGUAGUUUCACCUGGAGUAACUUCUGAAGAUGUUCAGGUGCAGCCCAUGCAUUCUAUCGAGGGUGUCGUCGACCUUAAACCAAAUCCUGCGAUGCCAGAAACCUCCAAUCAUGUUGAACUUGUUGGAUCUGAGCUGACCAUGAACAAUAAGGAGACUGAUCACUCUGACUUCCUCAUUGGACGGGUAAUCGACCACAAGCUUGAUUUGCAAGGAAGCAAUGUUCCUCGAAGGGAAGCCAGCAGCUCCGCUCAACCAAACGAAGUGGGAAAUCCCGAAACCCUAUCCGGUGUUGACAUUCCGCAAUGGAAAACGGUUGGUGAGUGCAGGGAAAUCAAUUGGGGAAAGAGCCUUUCCAAAGCGCUAGCGAAAGCAGGGAUGCUUUCGUCAAAUUCUUUGAUAGACAGCAAGAAUGUUGAUGGAGAAAGCAGCAACGAUUUGAUUGAUGGCACGGGGUGUCAAGUGGGGAAAAAUGUAUCGGAAAUUUCGAAAAACGUUUCUCAGUUCAUCGCACGGCAGGCUGUUGAACAUGACAAGCUGGGUCACUCAGGCGUACGGGUCGUGGAAAAUACAGAAGAGUUCACCAAACCAAAUGACGGAACAUACCAGAGUGUACAGGCAGGGAGUCAACCUGAGAAACAUCCUACAAAGCCAAAAGUACAAAGUCAACUUACAGCUGCCGCUGAACUUGACAGUAUCCCGAAACCUAAUAGUAAUGGUCAAAAUAAAGUUGAAGGAAACAAGAGUGAUGAACUCCUAACGAUGGCAAGAGCGCUUAGAAAGGUUCAGGUUGUAGGUUUCGACUCAAAGGGGCCUAAAAAUCAAUGUGUCAUAUCCGACGGCGCAGCACGCAGAAAUUCGACGAAUUCUGAUACCGUUAUAAAUGACACUCACGAAAAAGAAGAAGUUUACCUUGGAAAAAAGUGUCCAGAAAAUUGUGCAAACGAUAUAGUUGACGAAUUCGACGACCUGGAUGAGGUGUCCCUGAUUCCAACGUCGGAUUGUCGUAGAUUGGUGAUCGGCAAUCAACACAGCGACGUAGGCUCCUAUGUCGAUUCUAUCUCGGUUUGCAAAGUUACUCACGUUGAAUUUCGACCGCAAGGCCGGGAUGUGCAACCAAUCCCAACCCAGAGUCAAAGGGUGGAUGAGAAUGGAAGCCCCCAGCCCCUCCACAGAGAUCUCCACGCAAACAGGCUCGCAAGUAGUAAUAUCCCACCUGGUGUUGAACUUCCAAUAGAGAUUUCGGGAACAUCACAGCUAUCAGAGGCUUCGGUUUCUCUGCCUGAAGAAGAAGUUAGGAUUGCGCAUCAUAUGUCGCCAUGUUCUGUUCCUGCCAGUACAUGUGUAGAUCCCGUCAGAGCUCAAGAUCUCUCCGUGAGCAAUGAGAGCUCCCUCAAUUCCAAAUCUGAAACUUCGCCUCAACGAAGAGACAAACUGCCAAACCAAAAGGAUCUAAAAACGAGAAGUAUUUUUGCGAUUCAAGAUCAACCAAGUCCAAGGGAAAGUUCGUUUUGGAGAAGGAGUGCUCCGAGCACAUUCGCUAGACAUCUCAGGGGCCAGCAAAAAACAAACCGGAAGAAUAAAUCACAGAAGAACAAAAAGACCCGCAGGCAAGUGCUAACAAUAAAAAAUGCUUCGCGGAAAUCGAAUGCCAUGCCUUUUGCAGAAUCUAGUAGUGUACUCGACCAUGAUAUCAAUAGUUCAGAGGAUGAAAUAUACGACACGCGCAGCAGCAACUGGGGCUCAGUCGAGAUUUCUUCUGGGUCAAACUCAAACCUGUCGGAUACUCUAGUGGAAGAGUGUAGGGAUGUUGAAUCUGAGUGGCAGAAUGCGCUGCGAGCCACCCAAAAGACCAGCCUCGACAUCCUGCUAGAGAUCAGCGGUCGGCUCAUUCGACACAUGGUGGAUGAAGAGCAAGCCAUCAUCAAGGUCGUCGACACCUAUAGAAAAGGAGGGGCCACAUUGAUACAGCAACUGGAGCAGAAAUACGGCGAGGAGCUUGCGGAAUGUGAGAAUCGGCUGCAACCAAUCAAGGAAGAGCUUAUUGAGCGUUGCGAUACGAUGAUGACUCGCCUCAACAGUGAUAGACAAAGCCUUUUGAAGCAACCGCCAAUGAGGGAUCUUUCCGCAGCUGUCCACAAACGGAAAACAGUGCUUGUGCAAAUUGAUGCCAUGAUGAAAGGAUACGAGACUGACGCAUAA